UCGUAAAUGUUGAAGAAUGAAUCUAUGUUUAUUUUGCAUUUUGCUAAAGAUAUACGGAAGAUUCUAAACUCAUGAAACCGAUUGUACCGUUUGAGAAUUUACACUCAAAACGAGACUCAAAAAUAAACAUGAAACCAUAACAAGAAAAAAUUGAAUAAUCUAAAAUUGUUAAUCUUCUUCAAAGCAUACACUACAUGGGAUGGUUUUAUUCUUUAUUUCAAAGCUUAAAUAAUUAUAAUUUGCUUAGAAAUUCGAAGCUUAAAUAACUAUAUUUUAUUACUUAUUGGCUCAAACUCAUUGUUGGAUUUUCUCCCCAAGUACUGAAGUAGCAAGUAAUUUUAAUUAAUCAAAAAUGCCUACUGUUGCUGAGGAAGUUCCUUUUCUGAGCUUAUGUAAAUUGUGUAAUAAAAUAUCAGAGAAGAAAGGAAAGGAUAAAGUACAAUUGUUGAAGGACUUUAUUGAUUAUUGGAGGAAAUUUCAUAACAAAUUACAUCAGAACAAUCCUAAUGAAACAGAUUCAUUUUAUCCUGCAAUGCGUCUUUUACUUCCUCAAUGUGAAAGACAAAGAGCUGCCUAUGGAAUAAAAGAGUUUACUUUUGCAAAACUAUUGAUAGAGAUAUUUUGUCUGGACAAAAAUAGUGUAGAUGCUCAGAAAUUAAUCAACUAUCGCUCUCCUAAAACUGCAAAAGCUGAAGCUGGGGAUUUUGCUAGUGUUGCUUUUUUUGUUUUAAAAAAUCGUAGUCCUGAAGUUGGUUCUCUUAAAGUAUCUGAUAUCAACCAAUAUUUGGAUAAUAUUGCUAGUAACAAUGCUUCAAAACAUAAAGAUGAAUUAAAGAAUGACUUGCUUUAUCUUUUGCGUAACACAUCUGCCUUGGAACAAAAGUGGUUGAUUCGAAUGAUUCUGAAAGAAAUGAAAUUGGGGAUAAGUGAGAAUUCCAUACUUAAAGCCUAUCAUGCAGAUGCAAAAGACUUGUUCAAUGUUACCAACAGUUUGGAAAAAGUUUGUCUUAGUCUGAAAAACCCUGAAACUCAUCUUCAUGAAAUUGAAGUAAGCCUAUUUGCUCCAUUUCGUCCAAUGUUAUCAGAAAUGGCUCUUCCUAAUCAGGUUGAACAAUUGAUGAAAAAUAAACCUUUUAUCAUAGAAACAAAAUAUGAUGGUGAGAGACUUCAAUUACACAAAGAUGGGACAUCUUAUAUGUAUUUCUCAAGAGGUGGCUUUGAUUGUACUGACACUUAUGGAAGCUCUCCCUUACAAGGAAAAUUUACUCCACAUAUACACAAUAGUUUUAAGACUAGUACUAAAAGCUGUAUUUUGGAUGGCGAAAUUGUUAUCUAUAGCAAUAAACUGAAUUGUAUUGUUUCUAAAGGGGAGAAUGCAGAUAUACAAGCUUUAGAGCCAGAUGGGGAUUUUGCUCCAUGUUUUUGCGUUUUUGACAUUCUCAUGCUGAAUGAUAAAGUAUUGACAAACUAUCCUGUAACUGAAAGAGUAUCUUUCAUUAAGGACACAUUCUCCCAAAUAGAAAACAAAAUUCGUUACACUGAUCAAAUCAUUGCAACAACUAAUACUGAAGUAAAUGAUGAACUGAACAAAGCUAUUGAUGGUAGACUUGAGGGAAUUGUUGUAAAAAAUCCUGAAUCGGUAUACAAGCCAAAUAUAAGAAAAGGAGGUGGUUGGCUGAAAGUGAAACCAGAAUACAUUGAAAACCUUAUGAAUGAACUGGAUCUUCUUAUUAUUGGAGGAUACUAUGGUGAAGGCCGCAGAUCAAAUAUAAUAUCUCAUUUUUUACUUGCUGUAGCUUCGAAUGAGCAAAAAGAUAGUGAACCUAAAUGCUAUUAUUCAUUUGCAAAAGUUGGUUCUGGAUACACCUUUAAGGAGCUCCUUGAACUGUCAGCAAAGAUUGAACAACAUUGGCAGAAAUAUGAUCCAAAAAAACCUCCAAAGAACCUCAUUAUUGGAGGGGGCAGGAAAGAACAACCAGAUUUAUGGAUUGAACCUUCCAAAUCACUAAUAGUGCAGGUAAAAGCUUCAGAAAUAAAUGGCAGCAAAAGCUUUGCAACAAAUUGUACUUUGCGCUUUCCCAGGGUAGAAAAGAUUCGUUAUGAUAAGUCAUGGCGUGAUUGCAUGACAAUGAGGGAAUUGGAAGAUCUUAGAAAUCUUGCACAAGGUCGGUUAGCAACCAGACGAAGCACUGUGACAGAGGCAGAAGAAGAACCUUCUCCUAAGAAGCAAAAAAUGCAAAAAGAGCGUAUUGUUAGUAUUGCACCACAUUUUAGGCCUACUGAUAUCAGUAAUGUACAACAGGUUACAGAUAUUUUUAAGAACAAAGAAAUGUGCGUUAUUUUCUCCUCUCUUGAAAAGAAACAAGAAGUUGAAAAGAAAAUAGCUCAAAGUGGGGGAAAGCUGGUGCAAAAUCCUGGAAAUGGUACAUUUUGCAUCAUUUGUGAUAAAAUCACAGCUAAAGUAAAAAAUCUGAUUAAUAAAGGAAUAUAUGAUGUUGUUAAAGAAGAAUGGAUUGAAAAUUGUUAUAUGGAAGGAUUACUUUUGCAGUGGAAGCCUGAUGAUCUCUAUCAUGCUAAACAAGAAACUUGUGAAAAAUUAGGACAAUUUUAUGACAAGUAUGGUGAUAACUUUACUGAAGAUGUUUCCGAAAAUUCUUUGAAAAGGAUUUUUUCAAGUAUUUCAGAAGAAGAAUGGUUAGCACAGGAUAUGACAAAUCAAAAAAUUGUUGAACUAGAGAAAAAUUACUUUCCAGAUUCAUUGCCUUGCGGUUUAUUCAGAGGCUGUUGGAUAUUUAUUAAAGGAAAACACAAUGAAGCGUUCAGAGAAUCUAUAGAAGUUGAGAUGAAAUUGCUAAGUUUGAAGCUAAAGAUGUUUGGUGCAAAUAUUUGUUCAAAAGUUGAAAAUAGAACUACACACAUAGUGCUACCUCG